AUGCGCGCCGCCCUCUUCCUCCUAAGCCUCGCCCUCGGCGUCCUCGCCGAACGCCCAUUCAUCAAUGAACCGGACACGGGUCUGGUCUUCGACGAGGUAGAGAUUGGCUCGCUGCCGUCACUAGCGGACAUGAUUGCCGUCCCCGACUUCGAGGCAGCCGCACGGCACUACAUGCCCACGCGGAACUACAGCUACUACCGGACCGGCUCGUCGGGCGAGUACUCCUACCGCCGCGCCCUCGAGAUCUUCUCCGAGGUCCGCCUGCGCCCACGGCUGCUCCGUGACAUGCGCAACGUCUCCCUCUCGGCGAGCAUCCUUGGCUACGACUUCACCGCGCCGUUCUUCAUCGCGCCCGCAGCUAAUGCGGGGCUAGCCCACCCCCUCGCGGAGCUCAACCUCGCCCGAGCAGCGGGCAAGACGGGGAUCCUCUACGCCCCCUCGCUGUCCGCGUCCAAGACGAUCGAGGAGAUUGCUGCCGCCGCGGCCCCGGGCCAGAUAAUGUUCCACCAGCUGUACGUGUCGGCGAACAAGACGAAGCUGGCUUCAGACCUGCAGCGGAUCGAGGCGGCCGGGUACAAGGGGAUCUUUGUGACGAUCGACAAUCCGAUCCACGGGAUCCGGCAGCGCGAGGCGCGGUUCGGCUUCAGCAACACGACGAACCACGACGGCGGGCUGACGUGGGCGGGGUUCAAGGCGCUGCAGGAAAUGACAAAGCUCCCGCUGAUCCCGAAAGGCGUGCAGACGGUCGAGGACGCGCGGCUCGCCGUUGAAGCCGGCGUCAAGGCCAUCUACGUUUCCAACCACGGCGGCCGCCAACUCGACACCUCGCAGCAGCCGCUGGAAACGCUCCUCGAGAUCUUGCGCUACGCCCCCGAGAUCUUCGAGCAGGUCGACGUCUUCGCCGAUGGAGGCGUGCGCUACGGCACCGACGUCCUGAAGCUCCUCGCCAUGGGCGUCAAGAUGGUCGGAAUGGGAAGGCCGCCGAUGUUCGCGAAUGUGUUUGGCGAGGAAGGUGUCACCGCGCUCGUCGAGGUCAUGCGCAGGGAGGUCUGGGUUGACGCUGCGAAUCUCGGCGUCCAGGAUGUGAAGAAGAUUGAUCCUACUUAUUUGAACCUUAAGAGGCUCGAACAGUAUAUGGCGGAUCUUUAAAUGGCGGGUUAGAGGCUGAAGACCUCGAUGAAUUUCGCAUGUAAAAUAGAGGACGCAUG